CAUAUAGAGAAAGAGAGAGAAAUGGGUAGUGAGGGUGAGAAUGAAAGUGAGAUAAUUCCAUGUCUGAAAUUUUUGGGGGAUUUCAAAGAGGGGAGUGAGGAAUGGAAAGAGUUGAGCAAGAAAGUGAGAGAAGCAUGUGAAAGGCAUGGUUGCUUCAUCUUAAUUAAUGACAUGGUUCCAAAGGGUCUACGUGAUGAUAUGUUUCUAUGCAUGAAAGAGUUGUUUGAUUUGCCUGAAGAAACCAAGAGAAAGCACAUAAGCCCAAAGGCUUAUAGGAGCUACAAUUGUGAUUGCCCCCUUGUUACUCUCUGUCAAAGCUUUGGGAUUGAUGAUGUUCCAAUCUCAGAUUCUGCUCAUGCCUUCACUAACCUCAUGUGGCCUCGAGGAAACCCCUCUUUCUGUGACACAUUGAACUCCACGAGCUCCAAGAUGUUCGAACUGACUUUCAUGAUUCUGAAGAUGAUUCUAGAAGGUUAUGGCCUUCCAAAGCAAUACACUUCGGAUAUUGAAGAAAUGAAGAGCUCUAGUAAUUUUCGAUUGAUUAAGUACAUAGUUCCCCAAAACGAUGAAGUUUGUGAAAUUGGCUUGUUGCCUCACACCGACAAAAGUGCCCUAACCAUUUUAUGCGAAAAUGAAGUGCAAGGUCUUGAGGUGCUAACCAAAACAAACAAAUGGAUUCCUUUGAAGAUACCUCAAGAAGGCUUUGUGGUCCUUGUUGGUGACAUAUUAAAGGCAUGGAGCAAUGGGAGACUUGAUGCGGCUACACACAGAGUGAUGAUGAAAGGAGAAAAAGAAAGAUAUUCCUUUGCACUAUUUUCAGUGCCAAAAGAAGAGGUGAAGAUCGAGGUGCCCCCUGAGUUGGUGGAGGAUAAUAUGUACCCUCUACGCUACAAGCCUUUCAAUUAUGGGGAAUACUUUAAGUACUUUGUUUCAACUCUCAAGGAAAAUGCAUUAGAUGUGUUUGCUGGUGUUUAAUUUUCGAUGCAUAAGAUGUUAGUGUUAUAUCUAUGCAAAGGAAUCAUAUUUGGUUUUCACAAAUAUAGUAUGUCUGAUAAAUAAGAGGAAAACGUUAGAUUCUCCUUUCAUGUAUGACUUUGCAUGCUAAGAUCAAUUAAAAAAACUCUACAUUUAUAUAUAA